UUUUUUUUUUUUCAUAUAUAUUUGUCAUUGUUUAAAUGGGAAAUCAACUUUCGAAAAGGAAGAAAUGUGUUGACAGUAAAAGUGCAAGUACUUCAACGAAAUAUACCUCAGACAGUUUCAACAAUGGGUCAGCAUUGUCAUCUUGCGUUUCCAAAUAUGCACAAGAAGUCUUUCCACACACAACGUCAGAAGCAGGCCGACAACAGGGCGAGCAUUAUUUAUUAAAACACGUUUUUCAAACAAGUCACUUUGCACCAGUGAACGAGAUAUUAACAAAAGAAGAUUCCAAAGUGCUUGAUAUUGGUUGUGGUGUUCAUGCCUCUUGGCUUUUAGACAUGGCCAAUGAUUUCCCAAAUUGUAAAUUUACAGGCAUCGACAUUAUCCAACCAUUUACGCUUGAAACAGACACAGAUUCGAUAGGACAUAUACCCGCCAAUUGUCAAUUAGUGAAAUUGGAUGUAUUUGAUGGGUUUUCCUUCCCAGAUAAAUCUUUUGAUUUUGUUCAUCAAAGAAUGAUGCAGAUAGUUUAUCCCGGUGAUAAAGUAUCGUGGAUGUUUGCCGAAAUGUUACGUUUGACAAAGGAUAACGGUUGGAUCGAGCUGGUGGAACUUGACUCUGCUCCAAAACGUGCUGGUCCGAUCUUUGCUAAAGUUUUUGUUGCACUCAGGGCGCUUAUGACGGAUAGACUGGGUCGUCUGCUUACAGGAAGUUCUAUUGCGAGAAAAAUGGAUCAAAAUGGAUUACUAGACGUUACUACAGACUAUGGCUCUGCGCCUGUCUGCUGGGGUGGCUACGUCGGAAAGUUAGUGUACGAGGAUUUGCUUGUAUUCUUCAAACAUCUGGGCCCCAGUAUUUUCGGCUAUUUAGAUUUAGGGGAUGAGUUCAAUGAAGAAGCUUACGAUGCAUUAUUAGACAGUGCGUUUGAUGAAUGUGUCGAAUAUCAGACAUUUUUAAAUAUUAGAUGGGUGUACGGUAGAAAACCUGCUUCUUCUUAAUAUAGAAUUAUAUAUUCUCUCAAUGUACAUAAUAAAGUGUUAUUUCUUGUCCUACAGGAUGACGCGCGCUUACAAGCGUCCC